AUGUGCAUUCAUGGAAAGCGGCAAAAGAAAAGCCUUCAACGCACCUUCGAGAUUCUGUUAUCGAUCCCUGGACUCUCCCUGGAGCGGGUCGACUAUAAGGGGAGGAGUGCACUGCUCACUGCUUGCAUGGCUGGUGAUACGGAGGUUGUAAUUCAUCUUCUUUCACUCCCAGAAUGCUCUGCUACCUUGGAGACAUCGUACAUGGGCGGAUGGGGAGUGAAGCCCUUGCAUAUCGCCGCUGCACAGAACCACUUCGUUAUGACCAAGGCCUUGCUAGAUGCGGGCGCAAAUAUUCUCGCUAGGCGUUUCAAUGGCGACACUGCAAUGGUGCUUUGCGCUGCUUCUCUCCUCCCCGAUUUGCAAGUCCCCAUGCUACUUUUAUCGCGGCAGCCACAGCUUGCUUCUUUACAGACGCAGGGGGACACGCCUUUCUCUGCAGCCGUGCGGAACCAUGAUUUCGAAUGCGCUAGGCUUUUACUCGAACACGGGGCCGACCCAAAUCAACUGAUAGGCCCAGGCGGUAUCAGCACAGCUCUCUUCCAGGUUCUGGCAGUAGAAUAUGACACCACGGCUGUUCAAUUCCUCCUGGAGCUUCCCGACAUCUCAUUCAAUGUAUCACCACAGAAGCGCUUCACCGCCCUUCACGCACCAGUACUCGGAACUCUCAUGUAUAACUACUACGAUGAGUUCAUUCUUGAUGGUCCAGGGGCAGUAUAUGACAUUCUACUAAACAAGUGGAAUAAGAAAGAACAUCUUGAAGCCUGCGAAAUACGAGGCUAUACUGCCCUUCACUGGGUCUGUCUAGCACGUGAUUCAACGUCGAUAAAAAAGUUGAUACCGGCCAUGACCAAGGCAGGCGCAGAUGUGAAUAUGAUGACUGGUUUCCUCGGAAGCCCUGUGUGGAAAACUGCCUUGGACCUCAUCGAUGACCGAAGCUCUGUGCCCAACGCUGUUUCAAGGAAAGGCCCCACAGCCGUCCAACGUUACAAGGAAAAUACAGAAAAGAUGCGAGAGACGCUAAUUGCCAAGGGUGCGAAAUCUCGUAGUGAAAUAUUGAGGGAGAGAUGGGGUGAUUUAUCAUUAUUGGAAAGGAUCAAAGCCAUGGCAUGGAUGCAGAGUAAUCCAGAAGAGGUUUUUUCAAGAGGCGAAUAA